AUGCUAUACACGGUGGCGCCCCUAGCCAGCGACUACUCCAGCCAGACAGCAAACUGUCCCGUCUCCCCCAGCUGCACAGGAAGGCAUUACACACUGCUUCAUUAUGACGAGAACUCAUCAGAUCCUGACCGAGAGGUAGUGGGGCAUAUGACUCAGUGCUGGUCGACUGGUCUGAUGAAUUUUGUUGUAUACAAAACUUCUUAAUUAGGGUGCAUAUUGCGAAUGACUCCUUUGAAUUAUUGAAUGAUUCCCUUAAUUUGUCUGUGUUGCAGAUCCAGAAUGCUAUUCGGUCGUUCAUGCAAGUCGUGCUCAAACUUCCCGCACAGAUAAUGCCAUAUGAGCGUCCAAUCGUGGACGUGAAGCCGGUAGAGGAAACUUGCGAAACCUACCUUCGUUCUGAAUUCAUGCUGGUUUGUUGA